AUGCCACCUGGACGAGCACCGGAAGCGCAGUGGCCUCCUCGAUCCCCGCGCGAUGCCUUGUUAAGCACACCCAGCGGCCGAAGUCGGUACCAGAAAAUGCUUAGCGAAACAUCUCCAUCCUCUCCGUCAAGAAAACUCCAAAGAGCUGUAUCGCCCUCUCCUGGAGAUGCCAUGGAUCUUGACGACGACGACGACGAGGAGACGUUGCAGCUGAAACUUCAGGAACUACAAGCCAAACUGAAGCUGAAGAGAUUGCAGAAUGUCAAGGCAAGAGCCUCUGGCUUAGCUGCUACACAACAAAGGACCCAAGAACUACGUUCGGGUUUUCUAGGGGAGCAUCGACAAAGCCCAACUGGAACCAUGGUAUUCGGGGGGUCCAUCCAACCAACGCCACAGGAUGAGGUUUUAGUGCCGGUAUCACCAAUACGGAGGCGUCAAGAACCUCCAGCCCAGACAUCACCGAGACGGGUUCAGUUGGGCAUCGACAAAGGGCUGAAAGCCCGUGAUGUGUCACUCAAAAGGGCUCCAGUCUUCAAGCGACAGAAAAUCGGCAACGAGACGGGCCAGUCAGAUGGCUAUCUACGCACCUCGAGAUCAUCAUAUGUCUCUGACGGAUCAAUCUCAAUACCCGCACGGCCAUUAAGCUUCAGUGAAAGAUUAGCCGGGGCGAGGUCACAAGAAGUCCAGGAUGCUGAACGGAGACAACAAGUUCAAACAUCUCGCAGCGAGUCUUUUGGCAUUGGAAGAGAGGAGAUGGAGAAAUACAAAAGCUCUGCCAUUGACAUCCCUGAUGUACCCAUGAAAGCUCCUUCUUUUAGUAGAGAUGAGGUGAUGUCGAAGAGAUGGAGUACUUCGGGCAGUCUUAAACGAAGCAACACAACGACAGGGGUCAUUUCGGAGACGAGAAAGGAGAGAAGACUUGCAGACUCAAAGGAUAUGUCAUCGAACAAUUCAGAAAGUGAACCGGCAUCAUUCGAAGCUUUCUCUGGGUAUCACCUCUCACGACGAAUCCUGCCACACACGGUACUUGCGCGGCAUAUCUCUGGGAAAAAGGUCAUGAGCGUAAAGGACUUAUUGCGAAGUGUCAAGGCGCCGGACUUUUCUCUUCCUGAUGUUGAGCAGGAUAUAGUCGUUUUUGGCAUAGUGGCUAAGAAGUCGGAACCGAGAGCACACAAAGCGGCUCCCGCGAAAAACGGCUUGAAACCCGAGGAUCGGGGGAGCUACAUGGUUCUUAACAUUGUCGACCUCGAUUACGAAGUCGAUUUGUUUCUUUUCAACUCGGGCUUUGCCAGAUUCUGGAAGAUAACUGAGGGUACUGUGGUCAGCAUUCUCAACCCUAACAUCAUGCCCCCGCCCCCCGGAAGACAAGAUACUGGACGAUUUAGCUUGGUGAUCAAUUCUGACCAGGACACCAUCCUCGAAAUUGGAAUAUCCAGAGAUUUGGGCUACUGCCAGACUGUCAAAAAGGAUGGAAAGCCUUGUGGAGCAUGGGUUAAUAAGAAGCGAACACACUUCUGCGAGUUUCAUACCAAUGAAGCAGUGCAAAAAUCCAAAACAUCGAGGAUAGAAAUGAGCACCGGGAGUGGGUUCGGCUCUGGCGAGAAGAAGAAAUUUGCCAGAUAUGCACCAAAUGCGAGCCAGACGAAGCAGGCCCCCGCCAACUACGAUUGGGAGACCAAGACACGGUGGUUUAUUAGCCGGUCAAUGAGCUCCUCUGAUCUCAUUGACGGGAAAGACCAAGCGAUAGACCGGAAAGAAAAGGAGGCACAGCUGCAGCGAAGCUUGGCAGCCAAGGAAAGAGAGCGUGACAUGAUGAAGAAGCUGGGGCGCAUCGGAGGCGGUGCUGGGAAGGAGUACAUGCAACUCUCUGCGAAAAGAACACCUGGGGCGAGAGUCUCUCCAGCGUCGUCAGCCUACAUGAGAACGGCCCCUAGCGCCAGUGAACAGACCCAGUCAGCUCUUGAGUCUCUCGGUCUACAGAAUAAGGAUCGUGAAAUUCACCUCAGCCCCAUAAAGAGAAAGCGGCCGAUCAGCUCCCAGGCAGGAUCCGUGGGCAGCUCGUCUUCCUCACUUGGUUGGGGUGCUGGUCUGAAAGAGAAGCUGGCAAGGAUGAAGGAGGGUGAGAAGCUACGGAACAAGGCUGAGGGGCAAAACUUAGUCGAGAAGCAGACUCGAUUUGUGACCGAGAAAGGAAUUCGCUUAGCUGGGCGGGAAAGUAUAGGGAAUUUGUCAGAGAGACAAAUCACACUCGAUGACGACGACGAUGAUGAAUUGAUCAUUGUAAAAUGA